AUGGAUUCCACAGAGUCCAGUGCGAGUACUCCUGGUGCAAUUCGCACACGCAGUAAAACUCCCGGGAAUAUUGCAAAACGAGCUUGCGACCAAUGCAAGUUCCGCAAGAUCAAGUGUAGCUUGUCACAACCUUGCAAGGCAUGUCAAUCUAUGGGAUUUAAUUGCACAUUUCUUCAACCGCAAAAGAAACGUGGCCCAACUGGACAUCGUGUGUCGCAAAUUCGACAGCAACAAACUCAUAUCGUGACAAAUCCAUCAGAGAGCUCUAACCAGAAUCAAAUUGGCAAAGAUACAUUUCAAUAUCAUGUCCCGACUUCUUCAGUUGAAGCCCAACCGGUGUCGAUACCGGGUACAUCUUGGACGCCGGCUCCCGAGAUCCCGAUACCGGUAAAUGGAGCCGGUCUAGCUGCACCAAUUCCAUCAUCAGUGGUAGAUGCCUGGGGUUCAGAAAAUCCAUCAUUGGAUUCUCAUGCUGGAGUGGCUUGGAAUGACCGACAAGAUGUAGAAUACUGGCUCCCCGAUAACAUAGGGGCACAAGUAUCUGUCUUUGAAUUUCCAGGAAGUAAUAUCUACCUCAAGCCAUCAUUACCAUCUAUCAUUCAGCCAGUGCCCGAUGUCUCGGCUAUGAACAUGCAUCCGCAGGAUCAUUCAAACAUGUCUUACUCGCCAGCCGUCGGAUCCGUAGGCUCAGUGCCUUCUGAAAAUCAGGAGGUGGAAGACUUUUGGCCAGCGGCGAUCAAUGAAGCUAACAUGAUUCCCUGGGUGGAUGUCUACUUUGACCGAUUACACCCGACAGUUCCAGUAUUGAGCCGGUCGUUAUUAUUUACGCGCAUGAUGUCUCAUGAGCAUCGUAAAAACCCUCAAUUUGGAGCAAUGACGUUAUCACUAUGUGCCUUUUCACUAACCCAGCCGAUUGAAAUCAAUGAGCGGCCCACUGCAUCACGCGCGACUCAAGCACGUUUAAUGAUGCACGAAGCGACGAAGAUGCGAAGCUGCUCUGAUUUUGGAGAAAACCCGACGAUCGAGGCCGUGCUGACUAGUUUCUUUCUGUUUGCUUGUCUUUUUGGAAGUAAUCAACAUAAUGCUGCCUGGCUGCGGCUGCGAGAAGCUUUAGAUCUUGCAUCUACUUUGGGGUUGAAUGACCCGAUUUCAUAUCGUGACCUCUCUGGAGAGGAGAAGGGCCAGCGAUUAAGGACAUACUUGGUACUAUCGAUUACGGAAAGAGCAUAUGCCCUCCAAAGGCUACACCCAGUGACAUUCUCGGGUAAGCCCGGAUUCAGUAUGCGCUCAGUGCAUGAAUUCCUCCACAACGCAACCCACAGUCUUGUCUCCGACAUAAUUGUGCACAACGAAAAAGAUGCCGAAGGAAUGAUGGGACUUGCCAGGAUGAUGGAACUUUUCGAUACGAUUGACGAAGAUUUCAUCCAUUGCUGGAAUCGCCGAUGCAGCAUCGACAAUGGUUUCUGCGAGAAGUUCACCGAAGCCAAGGCAUUAUCCAUGCAUGACAGCCUUCAAAGAGUCAGUCAAGCCGAGCGGUAUAAAGGAUAUGACUGGUUUGAGCGAGCCAAAGGAGACUCAAACGAUGGCAACGCUCUCUUAGCGAUAGGCCUACGGGAGACACAGGCAGCGGAUGUUUUCAUUACUCAGAAAUGGAUACACAAUCGUGUUUGGCUGUUAUCUCUUUACCACGGUCUUCUCAGAACUCAAUCUGAAAGACCUGAAAUGACCUUUGGAUAUGCUGUGACAGUUGCGGAAUCAGCUCUCCAGACCUGUCGAUCAUUACGACUCAGUUCAAUGGAAGCGCAUGGAAUAGGCUUUACCGAGAAAUUAUACGAUAUUGCAAUCGGCGCAAUAAACAUCCUUUGUAACAUCAGUCCACCCUUUGGAAAUGGAAUGGCACCCUUGGGGACCUAUCCAGAUUCAAUACCCACCUCCACACCUCAAACCUUGGCCGAAGACUUUCUGUUAUUGAUGAGUAGCUUCCGAGGUGGAAAUCAUCCAUUCUUGGAAAAGCUCCAGGCUCAUUUGCGUGUACUACAUAUCCCUACGAGCAAAGUCACUGGCUGGGCUCAACAAUAA